CCUCGGGAUCUGGGAUGAAGGCGGAGCUUGCUCCUCGGCCUGCGGUAGGGGGCAGGGAGUUGACUCAAGAAGAGAAGCUGCAGCUUCGGAAGGAAAAGAAACAGCAGAAGAAGAAACGGAAGGAGGAAAAGGGGACAGAACCAGAAACUAACUCUGCUGUAGCUGCAGCCCGGUGUCAAGUUGGCUCAACCAGAGAACCUUCCGGAUCUGGCAGUCAGUUGGGCCCUCCCGGAGAGAAAGUUCCAGCUGGUCGGAGUAAGGCUGAACUUCGGGCUGAGCGGCGAGCCAAGCAGGAGGCUGAGCGGGCCCUGAAACAGGCCAGAAAAGGAGAACAAGGAGGGCCACCUCCUCAGGCCUGUCCCAGCACACCUGGAGAUACCCACUCAGGAGUGAAGCGUCUCCCUGAGUACGUUCAGGUUGAUGAUCCUACGCUCCUGCGAAGGCUUGUUAAGAAACCAGAGCGGCAGCAGGUUCCUACACGAAAGGAUUAUGGAUCCAAAGUCAGUCUCUUCUCCCACCUACCCCAGUACAGCAGACAAAACUCUCUGACCCAAUAUAUGAGCAUCCCAUCCUCUGUGAUCCACCCAGCCAUGGUGCGACUCGGCCUGCAGUACUCCCAGGGCCUGCUCAGUGGCUCCAAUGCCCGGUGUAUUGCCCUGCUCCAUGCCUUAAAGCAGGUGAUUCAAGAUUACAUAACGCCUCCUAAUGAGGAGCUCUCAAGGGAUCUUGUGAAUAAGCUAAAACCCUACAUCAGCUUCCUGACUCAGUGCCGUCCCCUGUCAGCCAGCAUGUAUAACGCCAUCAGGUUCCUUAACAAGGAGAUCACCAGUGUGAGCAGCUCCAAGCAGGAAAAGGAGGCUAAGUCAGAACUUCAAAAAGCCAUUGAUCAGUAUGUGAAAGAGAAGAUCGUGCUUGCAGCUCAGGCGAUUUCACGCUUUGCUUACAAGAAGAUCAGCAAUGGAGAUGUGAUCCUGGUGUAUGGAUGCUCAUCUCUGGUGUCACGAAUUCUUCAGGAGGCUUGGACUGAGGGCCGGCGGUUUCGAGUGGUAGUGGUAGACAGCCGGCCGCGGCUGGAGGGAAGGCACAUGCUACGUUUUCUUGUCCGUGCUGGGGUCCCUGCCUCCUACCUACUGAUUCCUGCAGCCUCUUAUGUGCUCCCAGAGGUUUCUAAGGUGCUAUUGGGAGCUCAUGCACUCCUGGCCAAUGGGUCUGUGAUGUCACGGGUAGGGACAGCACAACUGGCCCUUGUGGCUCGAGCCCAUAACGUGCCAGUACUUGUCUGCUGUGAAACAUACAAGUUCUGUGAGCGUGUGCAGACUGAUGCCUUCGUCUCCAAUGAGCUCGAUGACCCUGAUGAUCUACUGUGUGAACAGGGAGAACAUGUGGCCCUGGCCAACUGGCAGAACCACCAGUUCCUACGAUUGUUGAAUCUGGUCUAUGACGUGACUCCCCCAGAACUUGUGGAUCUGGUGAUCACGGAGCUUGGGAUGAUUCCUUGCAGUUCUGUGCCUGUUGUCCUACGAGUCAAGAGCAGUGAUCAGUGAGGGGGACUUGUAGGGUCAAUAAAUGGCAUACUCCCCACC